CGGUAGCGGACGUAAGUAGCGCUGGUGCUAGACGCUAGUGCGUAAAUAUCACGAAAACACGUUGUUGCUUACACGUGUGCUAAAGAUGUUUACAACUGUUUUUGAGAACAAGUAGUUAUUUGAAUCCUGACUACAAACAUGAAGGUAAAAGUGUUAUCGAGGAAUCCUGACGAAUAUUUGCGCGAAACCAAACGGGACAUCCACAAAGUUCCCAGAAACUACGAUCCUGCGCUACAUCCGUUCGAAGCUUCAAGAGAAUACACACGAGCUUUGAAUGCAGUGAAAUUAGACAGGGUUUUCGCCAAGCCAUUCAUUGGUAAUUUAGAGGGUCACAAAGAUGCUGUUUCUUGCAUGUGCAAACACCCAAAACGUUUGCAGAUUCUCUUAAGUGGUGCCUUUGAUGGAGAGGUCAGAGUUUGGAACUUGCCACAGAGAACUUGUGAACGUAGCUUCUUGGCACACGAUGGAAAUGUGCGGGGCAUUGCAUUUUCACCUGAUGCGGAGAAUAUUAUUACGGUAGGAGACGACAAGACAAUUAAAACAUGGAAAUCAGCAAAACCUGAUGAGGACGAGGAAGAAGAGCCUACCAACACUAUUAUCAGUAAGACUAUUAUAACUGGUAUAACUCAUCAUCGAACUGAUCCCACUUUUGCUACUUGUGGAGAAGUAUGCAAUUUAUGGGAAGAGACAAGAAAUGAGCCAAUUCGCACCUUUAAAUGGGGAGUGGACAGCUUACACGAUGUUAAAUUCAACCAGGUUCAAACAAACUUACUUGCUGCUUGUGCAAGUGAUCGCAGUAUAAUUCUUUAUGACACCCGAGAAGUUGGAGCCCUAAGAAGAGUAAUUAUGAAAUUACGUGCCAACAGGUUGGCUUGGAAUCCUAUGGAAGCAUUCACUUUCACAUGUGCUAGUGAAGACUACAACUUGUACACAUUUGAUACACGUAAAUUGAGGACACCCGUUAACGUUCACAUGGAUCACGUUGAAGCUGUGACAGAUGUAGACUACAGUCCUACUGGAAGAGAGUUUGUCUCUGGCAGUUACGACAAAUCAAUAAGAAUAUUCGAAAUUAACAAAGGUCAUUCAAGAGAAGUCUAUCACACGAGACGUAUGCAAAGGCUUACAAGCAUAGCAUGGUCAUUGGAUAACAAAUACAUACUCAGUGGCAGCGACGAAAUGAACAUUCGUGUGUGGAAAGCAAGGGCGUCAGAAAAAUUGGGAGUGUUGAAACCUAGAGAAAAGGCUGCUCUUAACUACGCCGAAGCAUUGAAGGAAAAGUUUGCCAGUCAUCCGCAAGUACGACGAAUCGCACGACAUAGACAAGUCCCAAAACAUAUUCUCAAUGCCGCAUCGGAAAUUCGCAGAAUACGCGAAAAGUCAAAGCGAAAGGAAACAAACCGGCGUAUACAUUCGAAAAAGGGAGACGUGCCUUUUGUAUCAGAAAGACAGAAGCACGUUGUACGAGAAGACCAUUAAUUCAUUUUUAUUUGUAUGUUCUAACUGUAAUAAAGUAAUACUUUCUAUACAAA